AUGCUGGAACCGCGACAUAUUCAGAAUCACUCCGAUGCCAGUGACACCCAGGCCCAUUGGGGGUAUCCCGAUCGCGUAGUCCCUUGCAAGAAUGAUGCCGGGUCGUGCGCCUAUCUGGACGUCGUGUACCUUGCCCAUGAUCUGGGCAUGUUGUACAUGGGGAUCCUGUGGGCGACGAUAUUUGGCGUCAUCUUCCUCUGGGUGUUGCUGAGGAGAGCCAGCCGACCGGCCGUUCAAGGGACGCUGCAAACUUCAAAAUCGGACCAGGGCGCCUUGAGCAAAUUACGGAAAACGACGGCCGUGGCCUCGAGGCGAUUCUUGCUACGCGACGCAAAUCACUUUCUGUUUGGUCGCACCACGCGCUUCCAGGUGGUCGUGUUGGCUCUCCUGUCCGGAUACCUCUUCAUAUGGAGCUUCCUGGGCAUCACGUACAACACAUGGGUCACGCCCGUCAAGAACAUGCCCGGGGUGUACAACACGCGAACGAGUUUGGGCCCUUGGUCCGAUCGAGUGGGAGUAAUCGCCUACGCACUCACGCCGCUGUCCAUCCUGCUCAGCAGCAGAGAAUCGCUGCUCUCCGUCCUGACGGGCGUGCCGUACCAGAGUUUCAACUUUCUACACAGGUGGCUAGGCUACAUCAUUGUCAUCCAGUCUCUUCUUCACACUAUUGGAUGGCUCAUCAUCCAGUUGAAUCUGUACCAGCCCCAGCCCAAAGUGAGUCUGGAGUGGAUCGUGCAGCCAUACAUCAUCUGGGGCAUCGUGGCCAUGAUUCUGCUUCUCAUCAUGUUCAUCCUCUGCACGCCGUGGGGGAUCCGAGCCACGGGAUAUGAAUUCUUCCGCAAGGCGCACUACGUCUUGGCCAUGGUAUACAUUGGCGCAUGCUGGGCACACUGGAACAAGCUGGAGUGCUUCCUGGUCCCGGCCUUUAUUCUAUGGGGUGUUGACCGAGGCGCGAGAUUCGUGAGGACCGGCCUGUUGCACUACCACCCUACUUCAUCGGCGUACGCGGGAUUCAAGCCAGCCCAAGCGUUGAUUACGCGAUUUCCCGACCCGGAACACGGUGAGAUUAUAAGGCUGGACCUGGAGAACGAGCAGGAUGCGUGGAAGAUUGGCCAGCACUACUAUCUGUGCUUUACCGAGUCAAGCAUCUGGCAGUCUCACCCGUUUACGCCUCUGAAUGCACCCGUCGUAGAGAAGGGCCUGGUGAAGCACUCGUACAUUCUGAGAGCAAAAUCCGGCGAAACCAAGAAACUGGCCGAGCUGGCCGCAAAGAAGCUCGCCACCAGCCAGCACGAGACCGUUGCCACCCCUGUGCUUCUCACGGGCGGCUACGGGGAAGACCUCCUCGAGAAGAUUGACCGAGAUACAAACAUCAUCUGCGUCGCUGGCGGCACAGGCAUCGCCUUUGUCCUCCCCGUCCUGCUGCAUCUAGCGCGUACCAGAUCGCCAUCGGAUCGUAGAAUCGAGCUCAUCUGGGCGAUGCGACACUCCCGCAACGCAGAUUGGGUCAAGGACGAAAUGGCUGUUUUGCGCAACGCCCAGAAGGAGUUGAACCUCACAAUCUCGCUCUUUGCCACAAGAGACGCUGCUGGCAGCGGCAAAGAGAGCCACCAACCAAAAGAUGCGGACAUUGUCUCGUCCUCAUCAGACGACAUUUGCCCGUGCGACGAGAAAACAACUUGUCCGCCGGGGAUUUCUGUGGACAAAAUCGGCGACGGGGCGGAUGAUGAGAGUCGACAUCCGGAUCUGAGCAGGAUGGUUGGUGCGUUUGUGGAGGGCACCGUCGCAGGUAGGACAGUCGUCUUUGCGAGCGGGCCCGGAGGCAUCAUUACAGAUCUGAGAAGCAUAGUUGCCGGCUUGAAUGUUCCCGGGAAGGUAUGGAGGCGGGACGACAGGUUUGAUGUCGAGUUGGUUUGCGACGACAGAUUAGAAUGGUAG